CCAAGGGUCAAGCUUGUCACCUUCUCCAGCAAGUGAAAAGUAGUGCACCUGUCAAUCAGAGGGAGAAAUCCCCCCUUCCCCACUCUGCCCAAUUCCUGGGAAAUCCACCUCCGCAUCUUCUCACUGUUCCCUCCCCCUUCCACCAGCCCUUCUCCCCUCCCUCCAUCUCUCAUUUUUUCUCUGUGGUUAGUAAGUAAAGGGACCUCAAGCCUCAUCUUCUUCCAAUUAACCCCUAAAAUCUGCAGUGCAGGGCUGAGCAGAGGAAGAGGAGGGUCAAGAGGAAGGGGGGAGGAAGAGAAGAAGAACAGGGGAGCAUCUUGGCAAGCGAGCCUCCACUCCUCCUCUCCCCCUUCUUCUUCUCAUCCUCCCUGCCACAUACCUCAGUCCAACUUGGAGCCCUGAAAAUCCAUUUCCCAGCUGGUGUGUCCCUGUGAGUGUGUCUCUCUGUGUGUGUGUGCCUUCCACGGUCUCCAAAGGACAGCAGAGAGAGAGAGAAAAUCUUUCCAGAGGAAGAAGGGGAUUUAAAAGGACAGUAGGAUGUAGCCAGCUGCCAAGCGGAAUCAGCAAGCCCAAUUGCCGGCAAACAAGAUGAAGCUCCUCCUGGGCUGGGAAAGGCGAGAGGCGAGCAAAGCGGAGGAAGUAUAAUAUUUGCACACAUCUCAUUAGUCGGAUUCUCAUCCCCGAGACUUAGCCAGAGUGAGAUCGGGAGCGUCCCCGGCAAAUAAUGAGCAGGAGGCCUUCGCAGAGAAAGGCGAGCGCAAAGACCUCCAGUCACGGUGCUGUGUGUUCUUCUGCAACUGCUACUCCCACCACCCCUGGACGACAAGAUGAGCAGGUUAUGACACCAUGAGGAGCUACCAUGGCGAGCGCAGCCAGUCACGCGAACACCCUUGCCGCUGCGUCCCGGAGGCCUGUGACCAGCCGAUGGAAUACGUCCACCAUAGCCAGGAAUCGCGCCAGCCAUACCUCCUUAGCCCCAGCGAGCCUUGUUCCCUGGACCACUACUGCCCAUCCCGGAGUUCUGCCGAGGCCCCCCUCAGCCUAACGGAGCCCCCCUCGGCCGCCAGCAGCAGCAGCAGCACCUUCCCUAGGAUGCACCACGCCCCCCAGCCGUACGACUCCUGCGACGAGUGCAUGGCGGCCGCUCACCCGUCCAGCAAGAUCAACCGUCUGCCCCCGACUCUCCUCGACCAGUUCGAGAAGCAGCAGCUGCCCCUGCACCACGACGGCUUCCACACCUUGCAGUACCAGCGUGCCAGCAGCACGGAGCAGCCCCGCAGCGAGAGCCCCAGCCGCAUCCGACACCUCGUCCACUCGGUCCAGAAGCUCUUCGCCAAGUCCCACUCCUUGGAAGCCCCUUCCAAGCGGGAGUUCAACGGCACCAAGAUGGAAGGCCGGGGCGGCGAGUCCGGGUUCCACCAUCCGCACCAUUCCCACCACCACCAUCGCCAGUCGCGCCACGGCAAGCGCAGCAAAAGCAAAGACCGCAAGAUGGAUUCCUCCUCCUCCUCUCGCCACCGGAACAAGAUGAUGGGUUGGUGGAGCUCGGACGAUAACUUGGACAGCGACAGCAGCUACAUGGUGUCCGGGAGGCAACACGCCGUGGACCAGGCCACCCAGUUCUGCGUUGAUGCUCCCGAAAGUGCCUUCAGAGACUUGACCCUGAAGAGUUUGAAGAGCGGAGGGGGAGAAGGGAAGUGUUUGGCCUGCGCCGGGAUGUCCAUGUCCCUGGAUGGCCAGACAGUCAAGCGGAGCUCCUGGCACACCAUGACGGUCAGCCAAGCGCGGGAGGCCUACCCCAGCUCAGGAGGCGGCCCAGAGAAACCCUUGAUGCUCCAAGAGGCGAAAGCCAAGGAACGAUCCUAUCAUUAUCUUCAGGUGCCCCAAGAUGACUGGGGAGGGUACCCGGCCUCCGGGAAGGAUGGGGAGAUCCCGUGCCGGCGGAUGCGGAGCGGCAGCUACAUCAAGGCCAUGGGGGACGACGACAGCGGGGAUUCCGAUGCCAGCACCAAGGUGUCUUCCAAGGGGGUGACCCGGCGCGAUGGGUACCGCCGCUCCUCCAGUGUCGAUCAGGCCAGAACCAAGUUUGCAAGUAGACACUAUUCUGACUCAUAUAUCUGUAACUGUCCCAGCUGCUGCACGUCACCCCGAAUCCGGCCACGGGGACAAGGGUAUGGACGUUCCUUCACCACCGGGCAGAUUAAUGACGAGUUGAACCACCAGUUUGAGGCCGUGUGUGAGUCCGUGUUUGGAGAGGUGGAAUCCCAGGCUGUGGAGGCCCUGGACCUGCCGGGUUGCUUCCGCAUGCGCAGCCAUAGCUACCUGAGGGCCAUCCAGGCUGGGUGCUCCCAGGACGAUGACUGCCUCUCUCUCUUCACCAUGGCCACCGCCACCCACCAGCCUGGCCACGGCCACGGCCACAGCCACGGCCAGCCCCUCACCAGCAGCAUCCUCAAGCCAAGCACCUCCUUUUCUUACAGGAAAGCUCCGCCAGCCCUCCCUUCAGGAAUCAAAGCCAAGCCCCUCAUCGCCGUGACCACGCAAAGCAGCAGCGAGUCCGCCCACGACAGCUUCCUGCCCCGAGAGGUCAGCCGGAGCCCCUCGUCGUGGUCCAAAGAGGCCGCCAAGCGCUGCAACUCCACGGAGAGCUUGGAAAGCACCAAGAUCACUGCCAUGUCCCUGGACUUGCCUUCCCUCCAAGCCAGGACUGCCCCCAAACCAUCCACCCUGAUCAUCCGGACCAUCCCUGGGAGGGAAGAGCUGCGGAGCCUGGCUCGCCAGAGGAAGUGGCGCCCAUCCAUCGGAGUCCAGGUGGAAACCAUCUCCGACUCUGACACAGAAAGUAGAAGCCACAGAGAGGUCCACUCCAUCGGGGUCCAAGUGGAAGAAGAUAAAAGGCGUGCUCGGUUCAAGCGGUCCAACAGUGUGACAGCUGGCGUGCAGGCUGACCUGGAGCUGGAAGGCCUGGCGGGGCUGGCCGUGGCCACCGAAGACAAGGCCCUGCAGUUUGGACGCUCCUUCCAGCGCCAUUCCUCGGAGCCCGAGUCCACACGGCAAUACUCGGUCUACAAGACGGUGCACACGCAAGGCCAGUGGGCCUACCGGGAAGACUACCAGAUGCAGUACGACACCAUGGAGGUGCCCCGCCAGGAUUCCUGGAUGGAUCGGGGCUCGCGCAGCCUGCCGGAUUCUGGCCGAGCGUCACCUUGCCACCGGGACGGGGAGUGGUUCAUCAAGCUCCUGCAGGCAGAAGUUGAGAAGAUGGAAGGCUGGUGCCAGCAGAUGGAACUGGAGGCUGAAGACUAUGACUUGCCAGAAGAAAUCCUUGAGAAGAUCCGAAGCGCAGUGGGCAGUGCCCAGCUCUUGAUGAACCAGAAAUUCCAGCAGUUCUACCGCCUCUGCCAGCAGAAUAUGGACCCCAACGCUUUCCCCAUGCCCACUUUCCAGGACCUGGCUGGAUUUUGGGACCUCCUCCAGCUCUCCAUUGAGGACGUUAGCAUUAAGUUCGCCGAACUUCACCAGCUCAAAGCCAACGGGUGGAAACCCAUCGAGCCCAAGGAGGAUAAGAAGGUGCCUCCGCCAAUACCAAAGAAGCCGCCACGCUCCCGGUUGCACCCGGUGAAGGAUCGGUCCCUGGACUCCGUCGACCGGCAAAGGCAGGAGGCCCGCAAGAGGCUCUUGGCGGCCAAGCGUGCCGCCUCCUUCCGCCAGAGCUCGGCCACCGAGAGCGCGGACAGCAUUGAGAUCUACAUCCCGGAAGCCCAGACCAGACUGUGAAGGGGCCGGGGUGGCGCGGCUUUUCAAACAGACCGAAUACGCAGCACACACCACGAUCCGUGGCCUACGUGUUCCGGCGCCUCUCCGGGAAGCCUUGCCGCAGUCUCUUUAGCAAGGAAAAUGAUCAGAAUUAUCUUCUUUUUUUAAGGAAACAAAACAAACCCCCUCUUGCAAUCCACGGACCUGAUGCCAGACAGACAUGACAAAAGGACAUUCUGGUUCCCUCUUGCAGGAUUCGGAGGUGACGGGCCUUUGCCAAAUCGCUCCUCCUCUUCCUCGCCUUCCCUUUGACUCUCUUCUUAUAACCUUUGGCCCCAGCUCGGUUGGUGAGCAUUCUCCCCUCGACCCAAGCCUUUUUCCAUGAGCUUUUCUCACUGUCCUGCAGGCUCGGGGCCCCUCCAUCGACAGCUCCCCCCCCCCCCCCCGCCCCAUGCAUCCAUGGGUUCUAGGCCCAUCAGUAUUUAUAUAUAAACAUAUUAUGUAUAUGUACUUCUAUAAAUAUAACCGAAAAAAAAGGGCAGACACUGCCCAAGACCACAGCUGUGUUUCUGAUGGCGAGAGCCUUCUCGUCUCCUCAGGAGACCCCCUCCCCUUCCCAGGUCAGCAGGCCAGCUCCCCACGCCCCUUGACGCACAACACACACCAAGACCACCACACACAGACUCACAAGGAGACACGUCAAUGGGUCAGACGGGGAGGCGGGCAGCUAGCAUUGUGCCUCUCCAUUCCAGAAGGCUAGCAAGCCAAGGGUUGCCGGUUGACACCUAUGGCCAACUCUUACGUGGCUUCUUUGGGUGGAUUUGGACCCUUUGAGGGAAGUUUUCUGAGGCGGGUAGAGUGACAUCUGAUGCUUUUCCAGCCAGGAAUGCUGAAUCCAGUCUUGGUUUUCGCCCAGACUUUGAAAGGUGCUGAACCUUCAAGAGUCAGUACCUUGGGUGCUCCUUAACUUUUUGGAGUAAAGCCCAGAGGAGAUUGUGUUGUCGAAGGCUUUCAUGGCCGGGAUCACAGUGUUGUUGUAUGUUUUCCGGGCUGUAUGGCCAUGUUCCAGAAGCAUUCUCUCCUGACGUUUCGCCCACAUCUAUGGCAGGCAUCCUCAGAGGUUGUGAGGUAUGGAGAAACUAAGCAAGGAAUAAUAAUAAUAAUAAUAAUAAUAAUAAUAAUAAUAAUAAUACUUUAUUUAUACCCCGCCACCAUCUCCCCAUGGGGACUCGGGGCGGCUCACAAUGUUACAAAAGUAACAGCGCCAAUACACCAACAAUAUACACAGAAGAUAAUAAAACAGAAGUUAAAACAAAGGUUUAUACAACAGUAAUAUCAAACAACCACCAAUGCCAUUCAGUCAACUUCAAAGGUGGGGGGGGGGGGGGCUAUAGCAACAAUAUAAGAUAAAAUCAUUAGAUUAAAAUACCCCAAUGAAAGGAACCUAAUAGCAUUCAGAAUAGAAUUAUAAUGAGGCUGGUCAUCCAAUGUCUUAUAUAUCUGUGGAAAGUCCAGAGUGAGAGAAGAACUCUUGUCAGUUGGAGGCCAGUAUGAAUGUUGUAAUUAAUCACCUUAAUUAGCAUUGAAUAGCUUCAUCUCCUGGCUUCUUCCUGCCUGGGGGCAUCCUUUGUUCAGAGUCGUUAGCUGCCCCUGAUUGAUUCAUGUCACGGCACAAAUGCAACGCCCAAACACGAAUCAAAGAACAUGAGAGGUACUGCAGACUAACUCAACCAGAUAAAUCAGCCAUAGCAGAGCACUUGAUGAACCAACCAAGGUAUUCUCUCCUGACCUUUCGCCCACAUCUAUGACAGGCAUCCUCAGAGGUUGGGAGGUAUGGAGAAACUAAGCAAGGAAGGUUUAUAUAUAUCUGUGGAAAGUCCAAGGUGAGAGAAGAACUCUUGUCAGUGGAGGCCAGUGUGAAUGUUGUAGUUAAUCACCGUGAUUAGCAUUGAAUAGCUUCAUCUCCUUGACCACUCCAACAACUAUCAUGUCAGACUACACAGAGAAGCCACUGAAAUCCACAAGCAUGUAGACAACUUCAACAGAAAGGAGGAAACCAUGAAAAUGAACAAAAUCUGGCUACCAGUAUUAAAAAACUCAAAAAUCAGAACAGUAAAUAAGAAGCAACACUCUGAAAACAGAAGAGUUCCAGGCAUGAAUCAUCCAAGGGCAGCUAACGACUCUCAACAAAGGAUGCCCCCAGGCAGAAGAUGAAGCUAUUCAAUGCUAAUCAAGGUGAUUAACUACAACAUUCACACUUAUAUAUAUCUGUGGAAAGUCCAAGGUGAGAGAAGAACUCUUGUCCACUGACAAGAGUUCUUCUCUCACCUUGGACUUUCCACAGAUAUAUAUAAACCUUCCUUGCUUAGUUUCUCCAUACCUCACAACCUCUGAGGAUGCCUGCAUAGAUGUGGGCGAAACGUCAGGAGAGAAUACUUCUGGAACAUGGCCAUACAGCCCGGAAAACAUACAACACCAGAGGAGAUUCACAGACCCGAAGGAACAUGGAAUCCAUCAGUUGCCACUCAACGUCAACAGUAUAUGGAGAACUUCUUCAGCCUUGGAGGUCAUGCUCAUGUGGGAAGAAUCCAAGAAGGCCUCUUGAGUCAAGGGUUUGAUGGUGUGUUGGGUUGAACCAUUAGCUGAUGACCUUCUACCAACAAGAGUAAAACAUCCAAGGCUCUGGAAGUCACUGUUGUGCUCUGUUUGGCAGUUUGCUCCACGUUGGAGUUCUAGCUCAACGUGGAGCAAGAUGGGAAGGAAGCUCCAGAAACUCAGAACAGUAGAGCACUGAUGGUAAAGGAUCUAGGUGACAACGUUGUCAAGGCGAAAGUGAAGGAGAUGGCCUGAAAUAUUUAGCCCUGCAGAUUCCAAGGGAGCCUGGUCCAAAGUGGGCUUUUACCCACACACGUCACUAUUAAUGGACCAUAUUCCCGAAAUCAGCUUCUCUUUCCAAGUUGGUUCUCUUCAAGAUCUGUUGGGCUACAACCCAUCUGGAGAGUUCCAGUUUAAGAGAUGGUGGAGAAACUGACCUAGAGCAAGGCCAAGUUUUCAUUCAGGGAAGCUCAUCUGCCUUUACUGAUCUUCUCAAUGAGUUGAUCCAAAGCCACCAAGUAGGGACACAGUCUGGAAAGCCCUCGGGCCUACUGAAAGAGGGUUUGAAAAGAACAGCUAUAUAUUUAUUACAUUUCGUUAAUCUGCAUGAAGAAAAAAAGGUACACAUUUCACCCUUCCCCCCUUGAGAAAUGGAUUAUAAUGGACUUAGGUGCAUAAGAUCUCAAGAGAUGGAGAUGGAGCUAAGAAACUCUGGAAUUGAGAAGGUUGAGGAGAACUUUGUAGCAUGAGGAGUGGAACAACACGGUGGGUUGGAGCUCCUCAUUGGAGGUGACUGGCCAUGUUGCUCCAUCACAUUGACGUUCUGGUGGUCCAGAAACCAUAUGGAAGGGUAGGGUGGCAUGGCAUGGGAAAUGUCAACAAACAUGGGGACAGAUUGAGAGAGGUGACAUUGGCGUGGCAGACGAUGGUUGACUGGUAGAGAAGAACACUCUUCUGGCAUUGCCAGUGGUUUGACUGGAUGAUGGCUUCUUCUUGCCCUUUAUAGAAGGUCCACCUUGCAACAGGGAGUUGUCCACCUGCCUUUACAUACCCAGGGGAGUAGUAAAAACAGAAGGUUGUCAGUACAUUUGACGAGGGAGAUGACACCCUGGAAACUACAUUUUUCAUAUCUGGCACAAGGAGGUCCAGGUCACCUCCUUCUACAACAUUCCUUAAGGGUGUGAUGGGAUUUCACCAGCAUUAGCCCCAACAGGAUUCUGUCUGUAAGGCUAUUCCAUUUUAUCCAAUCUUGGGAUGUGGAUAUUGACCACUCUAAUCUCGUUUGAUUCCAAGUAGGGAUAGGACCUAGUAAGGAGACCUAGUAAGGUCUUCCAAAUGAGACCAGAAAGAGGUCUCCCUAAGGAAAGAGCUGCCCAUAGAGUUGACAAUAGAGUCGGGCUUCCACAUUUGUUAAGGUUAGGGAGACAAGACCCCCACAAAUGGCUUUUUUUAACCUGCAAGAACACCUCUCCAGGAAUUUCUAGGUCCUCCAACACAAUUCAAUGGUCAACCUUUUCUGGAAGCCAACCAACGAAUGUAUUGGAGGAGCUACAGAUUUCUAAAGUGGUCUUCUCUCCAGUAGUAUCUAGGUCCUCCAGCAUGACAAGAAGAGGUUGAACAUAGUGUCACACUGGAUGACCUAGAGCAGGGGUCCCCAAACUAAGGCCCAUGGGCCAGAUGCGGCCCUCCAAGGUCAUUCAUCUGGCCUCUGACCUAAACAUUAGGGUUGACCUAAGUCUCUUUGGUCUUUGGAGGUCUCUUUGCUUACCUAUGGUCUAAUGAAAUCAUCUAGAUGGUCUUUGAAAGUCUCUUUGCUGAGCUAUGGCCUUAUGAGAUCAUCUAGAUGGCUUUUGGAGGUCACUUUCCUUACCUAUGAUCUUAUGAGAUCAUCUAGAUGAUCUUUGAAAGUCUCUUUGCUUAGCUAUGGCCUUAUGAGUCAAUCUAGAUGGUUUUUGGAGGUCACUUUCCUUACCUAUGGUUCUAUGAGAUCGACUAGAUGGCCUUUGAGGGUCCCUUUCUUUAUCUAUGGUCUUCUGAUGGCCUGAUGAGAUCAUCUAGAUGGCUUUUCAGGGUCUUUUUCCUUACUUAUGGUCUUAUGAGACCAUCUAGAUGGUCUUUGGAGGUCUCUUUCCUUACCUAUGGUCUUAUGAGAUCGUCUAGAUCAGGGGUCCCCAAACUAUGGCCCUCCAGGGUCAUUGACCUGGCCCUGUCCUAAACUUUAGACUUAGGGUUGACCUAAGUCUGACAUGACUUGAAGGCACACAACAACAAUUCUAAUUUUGGACUAUUUCUUCAUAUUCCGGCUCCCCAACAGUCUGAGGGACUGUGAAUCGGCCCUCCACUUAAAAAGUUUGAGGACCCCUGACCUAGAGGUUCCUACAGGGAAUAUUUUAAUCACAUCCACGAAUAUUCAAAUCCGCAAAAGGCCAAUCCUCUUAAAUGGGGAUGGCCAACUAGGAAGGCUCCACCAGUGGUCUUCUGCAGUGUAAGGUUGAUUCUGCUUCCCUAUGAACUGCUUCCCAGUUGGACCUGGCUAAAAUUCCUGAGUUCCUGAUAGUCAUCUACUGAAGUUAAUGGCUGAGCAAGGCUAUGGAUUUGGGGUUCCUGUGUCUUAGCCCACUAUUCUUUCAUAGAUCACAUGCACAUCCCAUAGCUCUGAGUUGUGUGCACAUAUCUUUCAACAAUUAAACCCGUUUAUAUUGAACAAUUAGGUUAGAUCAGCCUUCGUCAACCCCAACUCUCUGCAGUCUUGACCCCCGACUUGAACAUCCCAAAGUGUAGUUUCAAGAAACAUAUGGGGAGAGGGUUUUCUACAAAAAAAAUAUAGAUAGAAAACAGGCUCCCGGUGCAGGAAGGAGUCUUUUCUGUGAAAUCGUGUUUUUCCCUGCAGAAUAUUUUUUUCUGCAACGGUUCAGGAUGUUCGAACACAAGACGAGAGCAGUGCAAAAUUCUUACCGAGAUGUUAUUCUUCCCAGCUGGGCCUCUCAACUGUCAGGAAAUUCAUGUUUGGAUCUAGUAAAAAGAAUCAUUAUGAGUCUCUUUCCA